AUGGCAAAAGACCUCUUCUUGCGGCCUCACUUGUCUCCAACAACUGAGAAGCUCAAGAGUACUGAGUUCGUCAAGAUUUGGGCCAGCACGUCAUGCUACCUCAGCCAACGGCUGGCUCUCCACCAGGUGGGACUUACCUCCUUCUCCUCCCCUCACAUCCUGACGAAGGUUGAUGAAGUCCUGACAGACCUUUGCCAUGGAGUGCAACUGGUUUGCCCCUCCUUUGAAAGACGGAACAAUGCCCCAGCACGACCCUGCAACGCACAGAUGUGCAAUGGACCACCUCCUCUGUCCAUUCGGAUGUACAAUAAGGCUGUCCGCAUUCCUGGACUUGGGACUUUUGUGGUUGUCAGAGAGCGAGUAGUCAGCAAGGAGAAGGAUCCGGUGGUUGUGGAGAGACCCGUGUUUCAUCUUGCGAACGCUAUCGCGCGGGACCAUGGCCUCCGAUAUGGUUGCAUAGACAUUCCUGGUCAUCAACAUUUUGAGCAACUGCCAUACGCUCAGAUAGCCUCAGACAACGCUGUCUCUGAGGGCACGGUGCAGCUCUGCGUGGAAAGGACCAUGCGUCUUUUCCGUGUCUGCCUCGAGAACAGGGAUAACGUUGCCCUCGUUUGGAGGGACGUGGGCAUGCUGAUCAUCCAGGGAAGAGACGUAAAAAUGAGAUUUUACACAGACUUUCUGAAAAGGCUGAAUGGGACUGACCAGAUGUUGCAAGCUGUUCUCGAGAUGCCAGAGAUGAGGGACUCGGUCAUCUCACGCCAUGACACUGCUGCUUCCCAGACCUCUUCUGGGCGUGUUGUCGUCCUACCGGGGUACAAGCUUGAGACCGUGCCUAAAAUGCCAACAGUGAAAGCAGACCUGACAGGACAUGUGAAGGCCACCCCAGAGAAGGGCUGGGGAAAAGGUGAUGGCAGUGGAAAGAAAGAGGACCUUGCCGAGCAGCGCCUCCUUCGUCGAGCAAGGCUUUCUCCAAAGCGGUUACCUGCAGCGACUGUAAAGUCAGAGCAGGGUCAGAAAGCUGAGGGGAGGGAGCCUCGCGCCAGGCAGCUACCGGCCAUCCAGGGGAGCUCCUUGAAGGAAAAGGAGGAGAAAGAGAAACAGAAACUAAUUCCUCUGGUCGAACCCCGAACAGUAGACUUCAUUGCCAGAGCUAUUGAGAGGAGAGAAAAGAAUAAACACUUGAAGAGGAAGGAGAAGCUUCCAGAACACAUCCAGAAAUACUUGGAUAAAGAGGAAAAGGAGAAAACAGAGCUGGCGGAGGAGGAAAAAAGUAAACUGCAAACCCGGCCAGUGACCAAAAAGAAGGCAUCACCCCAAGGGUAUGCUGAGGUCCUUCUCCUGGUUUUCCCCAUCCCGCUGGGGUCCCUGCCAGAAGUGGCCUGGGGGUGUGCAUGCUGGGAAGCAGCACCCUGCGGGUGCGGGGCUGUUGUAUGA